UCUUUCUGUCGCGCCCUUCAUGAGAAGCAGCCGCUCUCUCAACAGGCUCGACCAAACACCCACGGGAGAUGAUCCAGAGCAUGCAGUCAAACAAGGACCAACUGCAGCAAAUAAACUGCUGUCUUAUUCGGAGGAGCAGCUCAGGGAUGACGAGGAUCAGUUCGAUGCGGAUGAGGAGGAGCAAAUGAAAGCAAGCAGCUCCUCUGAGCUUCAGGAGUCUCCCUCCUAUGCAUGUUAUCAUACCUGCAACAAAGUAAAGAAACAGACCAUAGAUGGGGUGCAAACGCUCUGUGCCAUGACCUCUAUGCGACACAACUGGGUCCAAGCAAUGUUGAAAAAUGUGAGGCACAGUCCUACCUCUGACGUCACAAGCUCCUUUUCAGAGCAGAAAACUCCCCUAAAAUCACAGCUUCCAGACUCAGCCGAGGGCCCGGAGAGAGCUGAACACCCCGAGCCCAGCAGCAGCGACUGUGCAGAGGAAACACAGGAGCAGCAGAAACACCAGGAGCCCAGCCUGCAGCCGGAGGCAGAGCGGCGUUCUGCUGAUGGAAGCUCUGCAUCGCCUGCCAUCUCCUCCUCUCAUCUGGCCUCCCCCAUCUCACCCUCCGCCUCUUCCGCUCCGUCUCCCAUCAAUCCUCCUGGGCAGGUGGUGGAAGGUAAAGGUGUGACCGGUGCGUCUUCGUGUGUUGAGGGAAGAGCCGGCUCUACUUCCACAACAAUGCAGUCAAAUACUGAGAGCACAAAGGAGAAGGAGAAGCAGCAAACUGCGCCACUUGUCAUAGAGCUGGAGCAAACACAGAGGGAACUCUCUCGACUGCGGCAGUUAAACAGGAAUCUGCGGGAUGAGGUGCAACAAGAGAGAGCGAGGCAUGCAAGUGAAAUGAACGACCUCCUCUCAAACUCCAACUCGUCUUCAGAACAAGCUUUGGUUUUACAGCGUCUUCAUAAGAUGAACCACGACCUGCGCCUUGAGCUGGAGGAUCAGAAGAGCAGCUUUGAAGAAACAAGAGAAGUAGAACUACGGCGAAGGGUGGACCUCUUAGCUCAACAAGCUCAGAUACUGGUCACGGGCGAUGCCACUGCCCUCGCUCAGGCCCGCCUGGAGCAGGACCGGCAGAAGUUCAUGGAGCAGCGGCAGGAGUGGGAGCGCUGCAGGGCCUCGCUGAAGUCCCAGCUGAGUGCCAGUGAGGGACAGAGGAAGGAUGCCGUGUCACGCUCCACACAGAUGCAGCAGGAGUUGCAGAGUUACCACAGUCUGGAGCAGGAGGCUCAGCGCCUACACAAACAUCUCCAAGAGGUGACCACUCAACUUCAGGCCAAUGAGGAGGCGCAGGCUCAGAAAGAGGCUCGCCUGCAGGAGCACCUCAUGCUCCUUCAAGCCAGUCAGGACCGAGAGCGCAGGAGCUUAGCCUCAAGCCUGGCGCAGGCAGAGCAACUCACGCAGGAACUCCAGCGGAGACUGGACAUGUCUGAGCUGGAGGUGGACAGCCUGAAUAAGACUCAGACGUGGACCAGGGACAUCGAGGAGGCUCAACAGCAGCUUCAGGAGGAGCUGGCGUGCACGGUGUCUGUGGUGCAGAAACUCCAAGAUGAGAGGGGGCAUCUGGACCGGUGCUGUCAGGAGCUGCAGAGCCAGCUGGGCGAGGCGGACGGAGAGGUGAGCCGGCUGCAGAGCCGCUUGAAGACAGACGAGACGAGAGGUGGAUCAUUGGGAAGUAACUAAUUUACUCAAGUACUAUACAAUGUUGAGAUACUUGUACUUUAGUUGAGUAUUCCCAUGUUAUGUUACUUCCUACUUCUACUCCAUACAAUUCAGAGCUAUUGUAGCGAUGAGAAGAGCCCAUAAAGUGGAGCUGGAGAAAAGCCGGCAGUCUCAGCACAUCAAGAGCGCUGACAUCACCCAACUGCAAAUUGAAUAUGAAAAGGAGUUUCAGUUGAUGCAUAAGGAGCUCCAGGUGCUGUCGGUGCAGCACACUCAGAAAUGUCUGGA